AUGUCGGCAAAUAACAUCAUGCUAAAAGACACCUCUGAUAUCGAGAGAAAGCCUAGCAAAGACAAUAAUGGCCCUCCCUCAUGCGAAGCCCACACGGGCACCUCCACUCCCAUCCAACAGGAUCGGCUUAGUCGCUCUCUUUCCGCACGUCAAGUGCAGAUGAUUGCAAUCGGAGGGACAAUUGGAACGGGCCUAUUCUUAGGAUCUGGGAAUGCCUUGGCUAGUAGUGGACCGGCUUCCAUGCUCAUUGCCUAUGCUAUCUGCGGAGGGAUUGUGUUUGUGACAAUGUUGAGUCUUGGAGAGAUGGCGGCGUUUAUUCCCGUCGCUGGGAGCUUUUGCACGUUUGCUGGGAGGUUUGUUGACGAUGCUUUCGGGUUCGCACUUACCUGGAACUAUUGGUUCAAUGACGCUGUCACCACCGCCUCGGAUCUGGUGGCUUUACAGCUGAUCUUGCAGUACUGGGUAGAUCAUUUCCCUGGAUGGGCUUUCAGUCUUAUCUUCUGGGUUGUUUUGAUUUUGAUCAAUGUCCUUGCGGUUAAGGUUUAUGGUGAGGUCGAGUACUGGCUCAGCGUGCUGAAAAUUAUAACUGUUGUGGUAAGAAGGCAACAAAUCAGGGAAUUGGUUGAUGCUCAUGGAGCAGAGAACUGGCGCAUUCCUGGGGCUCCGUUCGUUGGUGGAAUCGGUGGUUUUGCAUCCGUAUUCGUCACUGCAGCGUUUUCAUAUGGUGGUACAGAGUCCAUCGCCAUCACUGCAGGAGAAACCAAAAAUCCUGCAAAUACUCUCCCAAAAGUCGUACAAAAUGUUUUCUGGCGAAUCUUGAUCUUCUACUUCCUUUCGGUGCUGGUCAUCGGUUUGAACGUUCCCUACAACUACCCCGAACUGGCUGAAAAGGAGGUCAAGACCUCUCCGUUCACCCUAGUCUUUCAAAUGACAGGAACGAAGGCUGCUGGUAGCGUCAUGAACGCAGUUAUCAUGACCAGUGUGAUAUCCGCAGGUAACCAUGCGUUAUUUGCGGGCGCUCGACUACUUUAUACUUUAGCCCUCGCAGGGCACGCUCCCAAGGGCUUCGGUCGGCUUAAUCGCCAAGAGGUGCCCUGGGUUGCUGUCAUCGGCACAGGAAUAGUGAGCGGGCUUUGCUUUGGGUCCAGUAAGAUCGGUGCAGGUCAAUUAUGGCUUUGGCUACAAAAGUGGGUCACUUACGCUUUCCACCCAUUAAACCACCUAGGGCCUAACAGAGAGAAUUAG